UUUUUUUUUUUUUUGUCUUUCGUUACAUUUAUAUUUUUCUUCGUGUCUUGAAAUAACAAAAAGGAGGUUACUCAAGAUAGAAACCGUGUUGAAAUGUCCAAGCAAGCUAAGAUUAUGGAUUGGGUUAAUGAUUAAUGGAUUAGGGUUUUAAUUAGACAAAUAUGUGUAACCUCGGUGCUUUAUUGGUGAGCGUGGAUUGAGAAAUGCAUUUCAUCGACAAAUGCCUCGGUGCUUAUUAAGGGGUCGCCAACAAAGGAAUUCAAAAUGAAGCAGGUCUCGCCUUUUCUUUUUAUUCUUGUGAACCAAAAAGGUGUGGAUGAUCAGUCUGGGUUGCGGAUCAAUUGAUGGAGAUUUGGCAGUCAACUUGGGGGGGGGGGGGGGAGGAUUUUUGGGUGAAUUUCAUAGACGCCUAUUUGCAAACGAAGAACCAAGGUCUUAUUGCCAAAUGGUGGGCAUCGGAACCAGGCUCUAAAUAUGGCGCUGCCUCUUCCAAACUUGAAGGGGCAUUGUUAGCUUGGCCAAUUGCGACCUGCCAUCAACCUAACUUUAUUAGUAAAUCGUUAGAUUGUUGGCCCAGGAAAAGAGAUUUUCUUUUCUUGCCGCAAGCAAGACCCUGGUUAGGGACAUGAACCUGUACGUGAUUCGAUUAGGUAAUUGUGGGUGUGUGUUUUUGGCUGGUGGAGAAUCAAGUAUGCCCCAUCCCUUCAUAUUUUGCAUGAAAAAUAUAUGGUCAUCACUAUGUGUUGACGGUUGUGGUUUAUAUUCAUUAAUCCAACGCUUCAUAUCAUUUUGCUGUUUUAUGAUUUUCAUGACAAAAACUCCCCAUACCAUGCUAGGGUCAAUGAGACCACGAGGAACAAACUUUUUGAACAAUCAAGCGUGGCCGCCCCACCCCAAGAAAGAAAAUCAGAAUUAUAUUAUAUAAUUUAAAAAAAGUCAAAAAUCAAUAGUAUUAUGCUAAUUUUUAAUUUUUCAAAACACAUUUUAUAAAAUUUAUCAACUGUUCUAUAGUGGUUGUUUCAAGGAUUUCCAAGCAUCCAAGAAUAAAGGUACGUAAUGGUUACCAUCCAAGCAUCCAAGCAUCCAAGAAGAAAGUGGAAGAAAGCCGAUAUUGUGAGAAACCGCAACCCCCAACUCUUGUUUAUGUAAAGAGAGGAGGCGCAUGGGCAUAAUAAGAGAAAUCCCAGUAGCAGAAGCAGCAGCCCACAAAGUUUUGGUUGAAGAAUUGGACGAUGCCAUUGACUCCAUCACGGGUCGCCCACUCACCGGCUCAUGGGUGUGGGACUCCGCCCUUGUUUUGUCCCGCUGGAUUCCCACCCACCUCAAUUUUCAAGGCAAGUCUGUCCUUGAACUCGGAGCUGGUGCCGGUCUCCCUGGCUUGACCGCAGCUCUGCUAGGUGCCAACCGAGUUGUACUCACUGACGUCCAACAGCUCCUUCCAGGCCUCUUAAAGAAUGUUGAAGCUAACGGCUUUACAGACAGAGUGGAAGUGAAACAACUGGUUUGGGGAUUGGACGACAGUGGAAUAACGGAGUCAAGCACGUUUGACAUAGUUUUGAUGAGCGACGUGUUCUUUGAUUCAGAAGAUAUGAUAGGAUUGGGUAAGACGCUUAGAAGAGUCUGUGGAGAAGCUACGCAAGUUUGGGCUGCCACAGAAAUGAGGCCAUGGACUGGUGAAUGCCUGGAUCAGUUGAUGGCUCAAGGCUUCCAAGUGGUUGAGCAAGAAACGAGUCAACUCAGUGUUCACGCAGCAGUACAAGAUUCUGAUACCUUCUUUGCCAUCUUUCAAAUCAAGCCAACGCUUGCAGAGAGUUCUCAGUCUUGACCAGCACCUCGAUUUUAAAUGCAUGGUCAAAUUCUGCUGCUAUUAGUAGUGUCUAUAGUUCUUAUGGUUAGAUCUUAUUAGUUCUGCACUAUACAUAAAAGUAAAAUAAAAUUAAUCCAUGUUUUUCAA